UAUAACCAAACGUAGCAUCUCGUUCUCUCCAUGUCUUGAUCAGAUUUCUGUUGGGAGAAAAACAUGCGGCAAAUGGCCAUUAUCUACAAAUCUUACUAAAUUAAUCUCCAACUGUUACUCUGUUGGUCCUGCUAACUAAACAAACACUCAUUUAACAACAUUUUUUCAGCCUUUUGAAGUUACAACAGCUGCUGAAAAUGUGGUACUUCUGACCUUCCUCAGUUGUCUAAGCACCCACUUGGUCUCAUAAUCACAAUCUGAGCAUUUGGCAACUGACAUUUACACUAACGGUGGUUGCAGAGUCCCAUGGUCACCCGAACGCCAUUUGACACCUUCUCUGCUGGCUUUCCACAAGCAAGGUCAAUGGGGAAGCCUUCAGGGAAGGCUUGCUUGUUAAGUCACAUGUUGUCUUGGUAAGUCAUUCGCACCGCCUCCCGCUUGAUAGAAGUCACUCUGGGCUCCACCAUGGUCAAACCUUAACCUGUCCACUAGCCUGCUGUUUAACUCUUUCAGAGUCAGAGACUUCAUUGGAAAACCCUGGCUUAAACACUGUGUGAGAAGAAGCACACGCCCUGCAUUCCUGCUGGCACACCCACAGAUCACUUCAGGACAAGAGGCAGAACGCUCAAGUCAAAGGAGGACAUCAGACGGCCUGAGAGACUAAGUGGAGAGUUGAAGAUGGACGUUCAGAUGGGAAUAGAAGCUAUGGAUCCUGCAUCCAUCAAACGCUUACAGUUGGUGGAGCUUGAAGGAGUUCCUCUACCUGAGACCAUAGUGGAGCAAUGGGAUGCUAUAAGGGGUUUUAAGGCUCGACCCGAUGACCUUCUCAUUUGCACGUAUCCCAAAGCAGGGACAACGUGGAUGCAAGAAAUAGUAGACAUGAUCCACCAGGAAGGAGAUCCUCAGAAAUGUGCUCGGGCUCCCAUCUAUGAACGGAUGCCAUUCAUAGAGAUGUGCCCCCCCAUACCCAUCCGUACAGGUUUUGAAGAAGCAGAGGCCAUGCCCUCUCCACGCACACUCAAAACUCACCUGCCAAUUCAUCUCCUACCCUCUUCCUUCUGGGAGCAGAAUUGCAAGAUUAUUUACGUGGCCAGAAACAUCAAGGACAAUGCCGUUUCCUAUUUCCACUUCCAUCGGAUUAGCAAAUUGAUGCCAGAGUCUGGAAAUUGGGAUGAGUUUCUGGAGAAAUUUGUUGCUGGAAAGGUUGCUUGGGGCUCCUGGUUUGACCAUGUUCAAGGUUGGUGGAAAGCUAAAAAUCGUCACCCAAUUUUAUAUGUCUUCUAUGAAGACAUGAAGAAGGAUCCAGCCCGAGAAGUCCAGAAGGUAGCCCAAUUCCUGGGAUCAGAGCUCUCAGGAGCAAUUGUGGGUGAGAUUGUGCAACAUACAAAGUUUGAGAGCAUGAAGACAAAUCCAAUGGUUAAUUACAGCACCUUGCCUAGUUUCAUUUUAGACCAAGACAUUUCUCCAUUCAUGAGAAAAGGCACUGUUGGUGACUGGAAAGAACAGUUCACUGUGGCUCAAAGUGAACAGCUAGAUGAUCUCUGUGUCCACUUACUAGCAGAUAGUGGCCUGACAUUCCACACCCAAUUGUAAACCUGUGCCUCUCACCACUUGGAAUGCUGACUAUUCCUUGUAUUUAAUAAAAUAAACUGCUGAAAGCAAGAGCAAACCAAA